AUGGAGGGAGGCCUCGACCAGAAGGGGCGCAACCGCGAAGGCCGGCGGAGGCGGCGGACUCGGGCCUUCUGCUGUGCGGAGGUGGUCGGCGGGCACCACGUCUCCGGUAGCAGCAGCAGCAGCAGCAGCGGGCAGCACCUCACCGUGGCCUACCUCCACGACGACGGCAGCGACGGCGACCAGGCGGGAGACCGGAAGGAACCCUCCAACGUGGUGGCGGUGGCCCGGGCGGACGUGCUGGGGCGCGUGGAGGACAACUGGCUGACUCCCCUCGACGACCUGGUCGAUCUCGCUGAGCUCAGCGAACCCGCCAUCCUGCACCACAUCAAGCAGCGCCACGCACGCGACCUCAUCUAUGCACGCCAGACCAACGUGGGCCCCAUCCUGGUGAGCGUCAACCCGUACAAGGUCCUCACGAACCACCACGGGGAGCCCCACCUGCAACGCUUUGCCAAGGCCAAGGCCGACGGGUCCGGCUCGCCCCACAUCUACGGGGUGGCCGCUGCCGCCUACCAGCGCCUGCUCGCCGAGAAUCGCGACCAGUCCGUCCUCAUCAGGCACGUACCUACGACGCGGGCGGGUCCGCGAGCGGCACCGGUGGACUUGAGAUCUCCUCGUCCUGGCCACGACGGCGAUGAUGGUGAUGAUGAUAAUGAGGAUGAUGAUGAUGGCUCCCCCGGAGAGUCGGGUGCGGGGAAGACGGAAGGGACGAAGCUCAUCCUCAAGUACCUGUCCCACGCGAGCGGCCUCCUCCUCGCCAGGUCGCCGGCCCACCACGCCGGCGGCGGUGGCGAAUCGCCAUCAGCCGGGAGCAUCGAGCAGCGCCUCCUUCAGGCCUCUCCCAUCCUCGAGGCCUUCGGCAACGCCAAGACGGCCCGCAACAACAACUCCUCUCGCUUCGGCAAGUUCGUGAAGAUAUUCUUCGACGCCCGCGGGCGCAUGCAGGGCGCCGAGGUCAUCAGCUACCUGCUGGAGAAAUCACGCAUCUGCACGCAGAGCCACACGGAACGCAACUACCACUCCUUCUACCAGCUGUGCGCAGGACUCGAUGAGACACGCAAGACGGAGCACUUUCGGUACCUCAGCCAGGGCUCCUGCACCCGCAUUGACGGCGUGGACGACGCCAAAGACUUCCACACACUUACGGAUGCGCUCACCGUGCUGGGCGUCGGCGCAAAAGAGCAAGACGCCAUCUUCCAGAUCAUGGCUGCCAUUUUGCAUCUGGGCAACAUGCAGUUUUGCAAGCGUCGCGGCACCUCUGCCAAGGGCGCCAUGGUGGAUAGCCAAGAGGACUUGCGUCUGGCGGCCCAACUGCUGGGGCACCGCGCGGAGGAGCUCGAGCGGGUGCUCUGUAGCCGCACCAUGGGGUCCUCCUCCCGCAACUCCAUCUACGUCAUCCCUCUCUCCCCCGACGAGGCCCGUCAGUCGAGCGAUGUGUUGUCGAAGGCCCUGUACGAGGCCCUCUUCCAUUGGCUGGUAAAGCGCAUCAAUCAGACCCUCGCGCCUGCCCGGUCGUCGGCGCCCGCCUUCAAGUCUAUCGGCGUGCUCGACAUCUUCGGGUUCGAGAUCUUCGACACCAACUCCUUCGAACAGUUGUGCAUCAACUACGCCAACGAGAAGCUGCAGCAGCUCUUCAACCAGCACAUAUUCCAGCAGGAGCAGGACGAGUACGAGGCCGAGGGGAUCGAUUGGAUCACCAUCGAGUUCAACAACAACCACGAGUGCGUGGAGCUCCUCGAAAAGAAACCUGCGGGCGUGUUUCCGCUGCUCUCGGAGGAGUGCCGGGUGCCCAAGGGAAGCGACCAGGGCUUCCUGGCCAAGGUCACGAACGCCCACGCCCGCAGUCCCUCCUUCGUCAAGUGCGACCACCACCACAACCACCACCACCAGCAGCAGCGCAGCACCUGCCCGACGAACGCCGUCGCAGCACUUCAAGGUCGCCACUAUGCGGAGGUGGUGGAGUACUGCGUGGAGGCUAUGACGACCAAGAACAACGACCACAUGGCCGUCGACUUGACCCUGCUCCUCCAGCAGAGCAGCGCCUUCCCCUUCCUCGCCUCCCUGUUCGCCGGCACCGGCACCGCCACCGCCGCCAAGCAACGCCCCACCCUCGCCGACCUCUUCAGGGCCCAGCUGGACCGCCUCGUGGCCACUCUCUCGGCGACGGAUCUGCACUUUGUGCGGUGCAUCAAGCCCAACGGGGCCAAGCAGCGGGACCUCUUCGAGCCCUUCGAGGUCCUCCGGCAGCUGAGGUGCGCGGGCCUCAUGGAGUGUGUGCGGAUCCGGCGCGACGGAUACCCCGUGCGCCUCCCCUUCCCGCACUUCUACCGCCGGUACCGGGUGCUGCUGCUGCUGCGGCAGAAGGGAGCCGAUGCCGCGUGGAGGAGCGAGGAAGCCGCCCUGCGGCCCGGCGACGCUGAGGCCGCCCACGCCUUUUACGUCGGCGCCUGUGAGGCGUUGGUGGAGCACAUCCAUAAGCAGCAGGCCCACAUCUGCUUCGACGGGGUGCAGAUGGGCCGGUCCAAGGUCUUCCUGGGCGCCAAGGAGUACGUCCAGAUCAACGGCCUUCGCGAUGCCGCGCUGCACUGCUUCGCCCUCGUCAUCCAGACUCGGUGGCGGGCGUAUCGAGCACGGCAGCGCAGGCGGAGGGAGAAGGCGGCCAUCGUCAUUCAGAGAUGUUGGCGGCGGCACGUGGGACGCAGGCUGUCGCGUAGCAUGGCCCUGGCGAGGGAGGCCCGGCUCAAGGAGGAGCAGCGGCGACAGCAGCGGGAGCAGCGGGCCAGGCAGCGCAUGUCCCAAUCUGCAGUCGUGGCCACAGGAGGAGCGGGAAGGAGGAGGUCUCUGGCCUCCCCGCGGAUCUCGCGGGCGGCGAUGACGCCACCAUCGACGCCGCCGCCGGCCGAACGCAAGUCGCGGGUGCGAGCGGGGUCCUACCCCGACCUGCGCACGGUCUUUGGCGCGCCCGAGUCCCCCCCUAUGCCCCCCACGCCCCUCCCCUGGUUCCUCCCCCGCGACAACGGCCUCCCCCCGCCGAAGAGGUUCGAGGGCCACGUGGGGUUCACCCUGAGCAUCGACGGCGCUCGCCUUCUCCCCUCCAACUGCGUAGCCGCCACGGUGCUGGGGCAGCUGUACCGGGCCACGGGCAAGAAGAUGGGUCCGGAGAUGCUCGCCCUUCCCGCCCUGGUCUCCUCCGCACAUAACCCCGUCUUUGCGUAUCACCGUACGAUACGGAUGCGGAUGACCGACGCCACCCUCACGCUCGUGGCCAAGGGCACCGGGCAGCAGAAGGUGCUGGGCUAUGCCACCCUCAACGUCUUUUGCCUCGCCAACUCCCGCCGGCAGCCCGCCGACCCGCACCUCGCCCACCCUCAGGUGGUCCUCAAUGAGGGCUGCUUCCAGGUGCCCCUCAAGCAGGCGCCGCCGGCCGGGCAGAGCAUACGGCACGGCAUGCUGCACACCGCCCCGCCCGUGCCCUGCGCCUCUCUGCUUCUCCGGAUCACGCCCGUGGCUUCCGCCGCAAGCACACCGCCGCCCUACGAAUCGGGGGCCUACGACUCCACCAUGUGCGCCUUCAGCAAGAGCGAUGAGGCCAAAGCCCUUGCCCGCCUAUCGCGCCCCAACGUCCGGCUGAGCGGUGUGCUGGCCCAGUGCUGCGACGACGAACAGGUGCGCAGGGAGGCGGCGGAAGGUGGCGGACCGGCGGUGGAGGCCUGGUUCAGUGCGACCUUCUCCAACCGAACCGCAGACGACAAACCUCUGCGCACCUUCCUCGACCCCACGCCCGACGCCUGA